AUGACUCAAGAACCCGACGAUAGAACCGAAUUUACCAACCUCCUUCGCCGCAAGAAUGUAACGUCGUGGUCUGAGAAUAUAGGCCUGAAAAGGUUGUCGAAUCAGCGCUCCAUUCUUGUUGCCACCAGCGUGAUCAAGAUGAUUAAAGACAAAAGCGUCUCGUAUUGGCAAAUCCCUGAUAUCAACUACUUUAAAACGUAUUUCCCUAUCCUCUGGGACGAAAAACUGCAGGCUUCGCUUCCUGAAGAAGCUAAAGUAUGGUUGGCCGUGCAGCAAGAUCGGCUGGAUAUCGACUGGGCCCACGCUAAGGAAUCAUUGAAAGCAAAUUGGACAGAUGUAGGGAAAAGCUCCACCAGCACUUGGGAGAUAUUUCUACGAGCAUGGCUCUAUGUGGAGUCCAGGGCGUACAAAGAUACGCGUUACGAUACUGUUCUGUCAUCGGCUACACUUCAGCCGGAUGACAGGCAGGUUCUUUUCCCCGUGAUAGAUCAUUUGACCCUCGAUCCUAAAGGCUGCAAAGUACAUAUCGACAAAGGCUCGUAUAUGUUUGAGGCCACCCGUGAGUAUAAGCCUCGUCAGCCGAUCGGCCUACUUUGCGGCAAUAACGAAAUUGACCUCUUGAUCACCUGCGGAGCUACCACGCAGAGUCUGGAAUCACCAGAAGCCUCAAGCAAUGAGUCACUGUUGAAUAAUACCAAUCCUUGGCUCUGA